AUGUCAGACACCGCUGGUGCAGCUUAUGUGCCUCUCUCCCAGGGCUUCGGAUAUGGCAUCAUCCUUGGAUUGGGGUUUGCCUUUGCCUUGGGCAUGAUUGGAACAACAUGGGCUCUGAAAAGAUAUCAUGGAGAGGUCCAAACCUCUGAGGCAUUUUCGACUGCUGGCAGAACAGUCAAAUCCGGUUUAGUCGCUGCAGCUGUCGUCUCCAGUUGGACCUGGGCUGCUACGUUGCUUCAAUCGUCAGGCGUUGCCUAUGAUUAUGGAGUUAGUGGUCCUUUCUGGUAUGCUAGUGGAGCGACGGUUCAGAUCUUGCUUUUUGCUACCAUAGCGAUCGAACUCAAGCGCCGCGCUCCGAAUGCCCACACAUUUCUCGAAGUCAUCAAAGCUAGAUAUGGCGUUGUCACUCACAUUGUCUUCCUCGUUUUUGGCCUUAUGACCAACAUCCUGGUCACAGCGAUGCUGUUGACUGGUGGCAGCGCCGUGGCGAGCUCGCUGUGUGGAGUCCCUACAGCAGCAGCUUGUUUCCUCCUUCCCGUCGGUGUGGUCUUGUACACCAUGUUUGGAGGUAUCAAAGCGACCUUUCUCACCGAUUACGUCCACACGGUGAUCAUUCUCGCCAUCGUCUUCGUCUUCGCCUUCAGCGCAUAUGCCACCAACGCUGUGGUCGGAUCUCCAGGCAAAGUCUGGGAACUCCUCGUUGAAGCGGGCAAACGACAUCCUGUUUCAGGGAACCACGAAGGCAGCUAUCUGACCAUGCGCAGCCAACAAGGAGCGGUUUUCUUCGUUAUCAACAUCGUAGGAAACUUCGGGACAGUCUUUCUGGACAACGGCAAGCCACUUUUCCUGUUCUGUUCUGAUAUGUAUCUGAUUUGUCUGCUAGGCUACUACAACAAAGCUAUCGCCGCCUCACCAGUCGACGCACUCCCAGGCUACGUCAUGGGUGGUCUCUCCUGGUUCGCCAUUCCCUGGCUCUGCGCGACAACAAUGGGCCUGGCGGCUCUCGCGCUCGAAAACAACCCCGUCUUCCCAACGUACCCGAACCGCAUGCCCAAAGCCGACGUCAGCGCUGGCCUUGUCCUCCCCUAUGCAGCGGUUGCGCUUCUCGGAAAAGGAGGUGCUGGAGCCACCCUGCUCCUGAUCUUCAUGGCCGUCACAUCGGCUUCAUCCGCAGAACUCAUCGCCGUCUCUUCUAUCUGGACCUACGACAUCUACCAGACGUACAUCAACCCUAAAGCCGACGGCAAGUUCUUGAUUCGCAUGUCCCACGUGUCUUGUAUCGUCUACGCAAUCGUCCUCGCGAGUUUCUCGACCGGCCUGUUUUACGCUGGCAUCUCGAUGGGAUACCUGUACCUGAUGAUGGGCUGCAUCAUCAGCAGUGCUGUCAUCCCGGCAACCCUUUCGCUAAUGUGGAAGGACCAGAACUGGCAGGCCGCAGCGUUCUCGCCGCCGCUAGGUCUAGCCUGCGCGCUGAUCGCGUGGCUCGUCACGGCGAAGAAACAGUGCGGUGCUCUGACUGUGGACUGCACCGGAUCGAACAAUCCCAUGCUGGCUGGCAAUGUCACCGCUUUGCUCAGCCCUCUGGUCUUUGUGCCCGUUCUGACUUUCGCAUUCGGCCGACAAAACUACGACUGGGUGUCGAUGAAGAUGAUCCGCAAGGGCGACGACACCGAGAUUAUACGCCGUGCCAGCGUUAGUGUCGAAUCGGAUAUGGUGCCUGUCGCUAUGACGAUGUCCGCUGAAGCAGAUGCCGCCGAGCAGGCCAAGUUGAAGAAGGCAGCUAUCAUCUCGCGGAGUUUGACUGCAUUCAUGACGAUUGUGAUGUUGGUCCUCUGGCCUAUGCCUAUGUAUGGAACUGGGUAUAUCUUCAGCAAGAAGUUCUUUACUGGUAAGUCUAGCCUCCCUACCUCUCGCCACGACUGGGUCGUGGGGCGUGCACAGUUGCUAAUUCGAGCCUUUGUCACAGGCUGGGUCGUCGUCGGUAUCAUGUGGCUGUUCUUCAGUUCUUUCUGUGUCGGUCUGUUCCCGUUGUGGCAGGGCCGCAAGACCAUGGCCCAUACGGUCAAGUCGAUCAUCUUGGAUAUCUCGGGCAAGAAGCAUCCGGUUACACAUGGUCGUGCCAGUAUUAGUGGCACUGAAGAAGACGGUCUCGAGACACCGGAUGAGAAGACUGCUGUGAAGCCUGAGUGA